AUGUUUCGGAUCGAGGGCCUCGCGCCAAUGCUGGACCCUGAGGAAACGAAACGGAAGAUGCGCAAGGACAUGAUGUCCUCCCCACGGAACUUUCUCAUUUACGUGGCCCUGCUGCGAGUCGCUCCGUUUAUCUUACAGAAAUGGGACAGUGCAUGA